AAGAUUAUGUCCCUAAUGCCCGGUCUUGUCUUUGUUCAAGGGGUCUGUGGCUGUUGCGGAGCGCUGCGUCCUCGCUAUAAACGUCUGGUGGAUAAUAUCUUUCCAGAAGACCCCCCAAAGAUGGGCUUGUUAAAUCUGACAUGGAAAAACUCACAUUCUAUGCUGUCUCUGCACCAGAGAAACUUGACCGCAUUGGCGCUUACCUGGCGGAGAGGUUGAGCAGAGAUGUGGUGAGACACCGCUAUGGCAAUGUCUUCAUUGCAAUGGAGGCCCUGGAUCAGCUACUUAUGGCCUGCCACUCCCAGAGCAUCAAACCGUUUGUGGAGAGUUUUCUGCAUAUGGUGGCCAAGCUUCUGGAGUCCGGAGAACCCAAGCUCCAGGUCUAUGGAACAAAUUCUUUUGUCAAGUUUGCGAACAUUGAAGAGGACACCCCCCCUCCUAUCACAGACGCUACGACUUCUUUGUCUCUCGAUUCAGUGCAAUGUGCCACUCCUGUCACAGCGACCCUGAAGUGCAGACCGAAAUCAGAAUUGCAGGAAUUCGAGGGAUCCAGGGCGUUGUCCGUAAAACUGUAAAUGACGAGCUUCGUGCGACAAUCUGGGAACCGCAACACAUGGAUAAAAUAGUUCCAUCAUUGCUGUUUAAUAUGCAGAAGAUAGAGGACAAUGACAGUCGAAUCGGUCCCCCGGCAUCCCCCAGCGUCACCGAAAAAGAGGAGAAUCCUGGGGUCCUGGCAGAGAACUGCUUCAGAGAACUACUUGGAAGAGCCGCUUAUGGGAAUAUGAAUAAUGCCGUUCGCCCAGUGUUUGCGCAUCUAGACCAUCACAAACUGUGGGAGUCAAACGAGUUUGCUGUUUCCUGCUUUAAAAUUAUUAUGUACUCUAUUCAGGCUCAGUACUCGCAUCAUGUGAUCCAGCAGAUUCUCGGGCACCUGGAUUUUCACAAGAAGAGUUCCCCUCGCAUACGAGCAGGCAUUGUACAGGUUCUUCUGGAAGCAGUCGCCAUUGCUGCUAAAGGCUCCAUUGGCCCAACAGUCCUGGAGGUUUUUAACACGCUCUUAAGACAUUUGACUCUUAGCGUGGACUUUGAGAUGGGGGACCGAAGAAGUUCAUCGGGGAGUGCCAGCUAUCAGACAACCUCCAAAGAGAGCGAAGAGCGCAUCGUGCAGAAUGCCAUCAUUCAAACAAUCGGGUUUUUCGGAAGCAAUUUACCAGACUACCAGAGGUCAGAGAUUAUGAUGUUCAUUAUGGGCAAAGUGCCAGUGUUUGGAUCUUCACACACACUCGAUACAAGUCAGCUUGGAGAUUUGGGAACAAAAAGAAUCCAGAUUAUGCUGCUGAGGUCACUACUCAUGGUGACCUCAGGUUAUAAAUCAAAGACCAUAGCAGCAGCGCUGCCCUCACCAAUCCUGGACCCUCUGCUGUCACCAUCUCUGAUGGAAGAUUCGGAGCUGCGCCAGCUUGUGCUAGAGAUUUUGCACAAUCUUAUAGAUCGCCAUGACAACAGAGCCAAGCUGCGAGGGAUCAGAAUAAUUCCUGAUGUUGGUGACCUCAAGAUAAAACGGGACAAAAGCAGCAGACAGGAUGUGAGCUUUAUGAAGAAGCAUGGCCAGCAGCUCUACCGUCACAUAUAUCUGGGCUGUAAGGAGGACGACAAUGUACACAAGAACUUUGAACUUUUGUAUACAGCCUUGGCUCUUCUCACCAUCGAACUGGCCAAUGAAGAAGUUGUCAUCGACCUGAUCCGGGUGGCUAUUGCACUACAGGACUUGGCAAUCACUAAUGAGGACAACCUGCAGAUGUUUAACCGAUGUAGCAUCAUGGCAUUGGUUGCAGCCUAUCUCAACUUCCUCAGCCAGAUGAUUGCAGUUCCUGCUUUUUGCCAGCAUGUCAGCAAGGUUAUAGAGACGAGACAGAUGGAUGCACCUUAUUUCUUGCCAGAAGUCAUUUUUAGAGACAAAUGCAGCCUACCAAAAUCCCUGGAGAAGCAUGACAAGAAUGUCUACUUCCUAACCAACAAAAUUGCGGAAUCCCUGGGUGGCAGUGGAUACAGCGUGGAGAGACUGUCUGUCACCUAUGUGCCCCAAGUGACAGAUGAAGACAGAUUAUCCAGAAGAAAGAGCAUAGUGGACACCAUAUCCAUUCAGGUGGACAUUAUGACUGGGAGCAACACAGAGGACAAGGUAACUGUGAACACUGAAGAGAUUACAUUUGAAUCAUUGAAGAAGGCCAUUGACAAUACAGGAAUGGAAGAGCAAGAAAAGGAGAAAAGGCGUCUGGUCAUAGAAAAGUUCCAGAAAGCACCAUUUGAAGAAAUUGCUGCACAGUGUGAAUCUAAAGCUAACAUGCUACAUGAUAAACUGGCCCAGAUACUGGAGCUCACCAUAAGGCCCCCACCCAGCCCAUCGGGAACAAUAACCAUCACAGCAGGACACGCCCAGUACCAGUCCAUUCCAGUGUACGAGAUGAAAUUCCCAGAUCUUUGCGUUUACUAA